AUGCUGCAGUUUCUGAAAAGGGGUGUUGACAUUCUAGUAGCCACUCCUGUGGGCCUGGUUGAUAUGAUUAAGAGGAGUUGUGUAUCCCUCAGGAAUGUUAAGUUCUUGGCUGUAGAUGAGACUGAUCUUAUGUUGGAUAUGGGGUUUGAGCCUCAACUUCGGAGAAUUCACCAACAAAUGGAAAUGCCACGUGGGUGUCAGGCAGACUCUGCUUUUUCAGCGCAACAUUCCCUACAGAAAUACAGGUUGAAGCUUGCAUCAGAAUUCCUUUCGAACCAUGUAUUUCUAGCUGCUCGGAAAAUUCAAUCAAGGGCUGGCCACAUAGCUGAAAAGGCUGUUCCAACCAAGAAAUCAGAUGGCACUGAAAGAAAGGGGUAUGUUGGGACAACAACAAUGGUGUUCGAACACUUAGGUAACCUUUAUGUAACUGUAGAUUCACGAGCAACAUUGGAAGAUAACUAUAGUGGGGUCAUGAGGGUUAGAGACUAUGGACGUAAGGUUGUGGUUAUACAUGACACUUUGUUAGUAACAAUAUGUGGACCUCUCGAUUAUGCUGCAACUCUUGUUCAUCGCCUCUGUAGACGUUGCAGGCGGCAAUUUGCUGAGGAUGGAAGAGAGGUGAGUGCCUACGAAGCUUUAGAAAUGCUGCUUCAAUUGAGGGAUCAAAGUCCCUCUACCAAUUGGAGCCAGAUGACAGAUUUGAUAUGA